AGUCCUCCGGGAGGCAGGCGGUGGUGUAGCUCGUGGCGGUGGCACUGCGGGUUUUGCGGUCUGAGGCGCUGGGAGGCCCAUCUUUGGCAACCUUGGUCAGGAUUCGGCUCAUGGCAUCGAGCGCCAUCCCUCGCGAGAUCACUAAUUGAAGAUCAAUAUAAGUAGCUAUGCAAAAUUCUCACAUGGAUGAGUACAGGAAUUCUGAUAAUGGCAGCACAGGCAACAGUUCAGAGGUAGUGGUAGAGCAAUCUGCUGAUUUCAGUACUGAGAUUAUGAAUGUUACGGAAAUGGAACAGUCACCUGAUGGCUCUCCUUGUGUGGAUGCAUCUACAGAAGAAAAUGAAAUUGCAAACACUGUGGAUCUUCCAGUGGCAGUGACAGAAACAGAAGCAAAUUUCCCUCCAGAAUUUGAAAAGUUUUGGAAAACUGUAGAAAAUAAUCCUCAGGAUUUUACAGGCUGGGUAUAUUUGCUUCAGUACGUAGAACAGGAGAAUCACUUGAUGGCUGCCAGGAAAGCAUUUGACAAGUUUUUCAUACACUACCCGUAUUGCUACGGUUACUGGAAAAAAUAUGCAGACCUUGAAAAGCGACAUGACAACAUUAAACAAUCAGAUGAGGUUUAUCGUCGGGGGCUUCAGGCAAUACCUCUUAGCGUUGACCUUUGGAUACAUUAUAUCAACUUCUUAAAAGAAACAUUGGACCUUGAUGAUCCUGAGACAAACAGUACAGUAAGAGGAACUUUUGAGCAUGCUGUUCUAGCUGCAGGAACAGAUUUUCGAUCUGACAAACUGUGGGAAAUGUAUAUAAACUGGGAAAAUGAACAGGGAAAUCUGAGAGAAGUUACAGCUAUAUAUGAUCGUAUUCUUGGUAUUCCAACCCAGCUGUAUAGUCAUCAUUUUCAGAGAUUUAAAGAACAUAUACAGAAUAACUUGCCUAGAGAUCUUUUAACUGGUGAACAGUUUAUUCAGUUGAGAAGGGAAUUAGCUUCUGUAAAUGGACAUAGUGGUGAUGAUGGACCUCCUGGUGAUGACCUUCCAUCAGGAAUUGAAGACAUAACUGAUCCAGCAAAGCUAAUUACUGAAAUUGAAAACAUGAGACAUAGAAUCAUUGAAAUUCAUCAAGAAAUGUUUAAUUAUAAUGAGCAUGAAGUUAGUAAGAGGUGGACAUUUGAAGAAGGUAUUAAAAGACCUUAUUUUCAUGUGAAACCAUUGGAAAAGGCCCAACUAAAAAACUGGAAAGAAUACUUAGAAUUUGAAAUUGAAAAUGGGACUCAUGAAAGAGUUGUGGUUCUCUUUGAAAGAUGUGUCAUAUCAUGUGCCCUCUAUGAGGAGUUCUGGAUUAAGUAUGCCAAGUACAUGGAAAACCAUAGCAUUGAAGGAGUGAGGCAUGUCUUCAGCAGAGCUUGUACUAUUCAUCUCCCAAAGAAACCCAUGGUGCAUAUGCUUUGGGCAGCUUUUGAGGAACAGCAGGGGAAUAUUAAUGAAGCCAGGAAUAUCUUGAGAACAUUUGAAGAAUGUGUCCUAGGAUUGGCAAUGGUUCGUUUGCGAAGAGUAAGUUUAGAACGACGGCAUGGAAAUAUGGAAGAAGCUGAACAUUUGCUUCAAGAUGCUAUAAGGAAUGCCAGAUCAAAUAAUGAAUCAUCAUUUUAUGCUAUCAAACUAGCCCGACAUCUUUUCAAAAUACAAAAAAAUCUUCCAAAAUCAAGAAAGGUGCUUUUGGAAGCAAUUGAAAGAGAUAAAGAGAAUACAAAGUUAUACCUCAAUUUACUUGAAAUGGAAUACAAUUGUGACCUCAAACAAAAUGAAGAAAAUAUUCUCAAUUGUUUUGACAAAGCUAUACAUGGUUCAUUACCUAUUAAAAUGAGAAUUACAUUUUCUCAGAGAAAAGUGGAAUUUCUUGAAGAUUUUGGUUCAGAUGUUAAUAAGCUUCUGAAUGCUUAUGAUGAACAUCAAACACUCCUAAAAGAACAGGAUACUUUAAAAAGAAAAGCUGAAAAUGGAUCAGAAGAACCAGAAGAAAAGAAAAUACAUACAGAAGAUACAUCAGCAGCAGCACAGAUAAUUGAUGGGGAUUUACAGGCGAAUCAAGCUGCAUAUAAUUACAGUGCCUGGUAUCAGGUGAGUCCAUGGAAUUACAACACUUUAUUGUUAAGUGUCACUAGAAACACAAAUUUGGUGGGGUUUUUUUUGGGGGGGGCUGUUGUUUUGAGGUACCUGCAGCCACAGCUGAGCUCACUAUGUAGAUCAGGCUGGUCUCACUCUUAGAGAUCCACCUGCCUCUGCCUCCCAAGUGGUGGAUUAAAGGUGUGCUACCACACCUAGCUGAAAUUUGGUGUUUUUAAAGAAAAAAGCCUAAUUCUUUGUUACGGUUCCAUAUUGUACGUUGCCUUUUGUGAUUUACUCCUGGAAUUUCAACAUGAACACAUGCCUGUAUUUAAUUUUGUAUGUGGAACUUAGCUGUAAUUCUAGUUUACUAACUUGUUUACUUUUGCCUUUUCAGUACAAUUAUCAGAAUCCUUGGAAUUAUGGACAGUAUUAUCCUCCCCCUCCAACUUGAUGGGAAAAUGUAAAUUUCGAAUGGAGUAUAUGAGAAAUGUGGAAUUAUUUUUUUUUAAACAAGGGAUGUAAACAUAGCAUAUGUUUGCUGUAGUCGGUAAUUUGUCUUCCUAGUUUCUGUGUAACAUGAUUUAUUUAGUUAAAUAGUAUAAAAUGUCAAUUAUUAGUAUACCACAGAUACUAUUUCUUACCACUUAGAAAAUUUACUUUUUAUCGAAAAACUAUUUUUAUUUUUUUUGCAUUAAGUGGUCUCAUUCUUUUGCAGUUCAUGCAAGAGUUUUGUAGCCUUAAGGGGGGGGGGGGGGAGGAACCUGACUGUAAAUCAUGUCAGUAAAAUUCUGGGGGAAAAAAAAGGGCUGAUUAUUAAGGAUUUUAUCACCUCUAAAAGGAAAACAGUGAUUUUUAACCUUUCUGAUAAGGUGGUCUGAAUGUUUGUUAUACUUGUGAAUUUGGAUCUAACUGCAGAAGAGAGGUACUAUUAAAAUACUAUGCUUUGGAAUACAUUAUAAAUGAGAAAAUGUAAUGCCUGCAUCCCUUUAAGAUAUAUCAAAAGUAUGUUGUUCUGGGAGACUUUGUAUUUAGAAUAUUCAUGUAAAACUUGUGAGCAAGCUUUCAUUUUGAUCAAACUGAUCAUCUUCAUUUUUGUAAUAAAACUGAAAUACAGCAA